CCGGCGCCUGCGCGGGGCCGGGCGCGGAGGGAGCCCGGUCCCGACUCAUCCCGGCGAUGGAGGCGGGGCGGUGGCCGCUGUGGUUGCAGGGCCUAGCGCUGCUCUGGGGCCGAGCCGCGAUGGGGCUGGCGCAGAGCCCCACCGGGGCUCCGCCGGCGCUGGCAUGUUCAGCCUUUUCCCAGAAGUCCUGUGAUGAAUGUCUAAAAAAUGUUUCGUGCCUUUGGUGUUACACCAACAACACUUGCAUUGAUUACCCUGUAAGAAGCAUUCUUCCACCAUCUUCGUUGUGUUCCCUCUCUAAUGCUCGAUGGGGAGUUUGCUGGAUAAAUUUUGAGGCUUUAAUUAUUGCCAUAGCUGUAGUAGCUGGACUCAUUCUGGUGUCUGUAGCAGUCUGUUGCUGUUACUGCUGUUACUGCAGAAGACGUUCAAGGAGUAGACCAGAUGAAGAAGAAGAACAGCUAGCUAGGAAGAGAGAGGAAAGAAGACUACAGUCUCUUCAGAGGAAACAUGAAAGAAAACUGAAGCAUGAUGAAAUACGUAAGAAGUAUGGUCUUCUUCAGGAUUCUGAUAACCCGUACAGCAGAUUUGAGAAUGAAUAAAGCUGAGCACCUUCCACUGGAGCUGUGACUCCGGAAGACAGGAAGACUCUUUUCAUUUACCCUUUGUGCUCUUUUGCUUUUGUUUUUUUUUCCCUGAAGUGUUUUUUCCUGAUUGUAAAAGUAGAAGCAGCUAAAGACUUUAUGAAAUAACAUGUUUCUAUCUCCUACUCAUAUAGAACUAAUUUUUAUAAAUGAUUUUUUUGUUGAAAUGUUUACUGAAUUUUGUGACUAUCUUUCCUCUUCUUAAAACUGUAUUUUAUUAAUUGAUGUAGAUGGUUAAUAGUCACAAUUGUGUUUGAGUUCAGUCAUAAUUGCCAUUUAAAGCAGUUGUUCCCAUGUUCCUAAAUAAAGAUAUUUUAUAUAUAUAUGUAAAAUAAAAAGCAACAUGGAAGCACAGCUUCACAUGGCAGAAAUAGUUGAUGAGAAAAUACAGCACGCACAUUCUUGUGGGUGGAGGUUUUUUCUAUCUGGAAAAAGAUCUUCCAAGAGUGUAAUGUGUAAGGGUUGAGAAAGGGGAGCAUAUUUGUCUUUGAAUAAUUCAGUUCAGUUGUGGAAAUGUUAAUAUGUACUCUGGAUAUAGCACUGAUGUGAAAAAAAAACUACUUCACUUAGCAAAAUUGGAAGAAGGUCACUCCUAAAAUGUACAUGGUUAUGUGUGCCCAAAUUUAAGAAACAUCAGUCUGUGUGAAAUCUUUCUUUUGUAAGCUUAAUGUAUAAUGAAAAAAAAAGUAAAAAGUUGCCCAGAUUCUGCAGUUUACCAGAGCUGACCCUGGCCAGCAGCUAAGCACUGCCCAGCUGCUUCCUCCCUCAGAGGGAUGAGGGAGGGAAUGGGAACAGCAAAGGGUUGAGAUAAAAACACUGUAAGUGAAGAAAAGGAAGGUAAGUGGGAACAAGUCAUGCAAAGGGAAUUACCACAUCCCAGAAGCAGAUCUCUGCCCAGCCUCCCCUCAGUUUUUCUUGGGCAGCCUGGAAUAUCAUUUGGGUCAGUUCUGGCCAGCUGUCCCAAUUGUGUCCCCUCCCAACUUCUUGCUCACCCCUGGCCUACUUGCUGGAGCAGUCACAGUGGGGAAAAAAUGAAACCUUGAUGCUGUGCAAGCAAUGCUCAGCAAAAGCCAAAGCACUGGUGUGUUACCAGCACUGUUCCUGCCACAAAUCCAAAGCAAAGCAGCACCAUACGUGCUGCUGUGAAGAAAGUUACCUCAAUCCCAGCCAGACCCAGUACAGUAAGAAAGCGGUAUUUUUUUAACCUUUUAUUGUUCUGUUGAUAUUUCUAUAAUGUGAUUUAUUUCCUGUCUUUCUUUUCAUAGAGGUGUUUCCUUGAGCAUUUUUAGUAGCUUAGCAAUAUGACGUGACAAGCAAAUGGCUCUUCUGCCCCCCCCAGUCUAAUGUACAUUCCCAUUUAUUCUGUACACUUUAAAUCACCUCCCUUGCUGUAUAUUAUCUAUUUAACAAAUGUACAGUAUUGAAGAUGUCCAUGUUAUUUUUAUCCACAUUCCUAAAAUAAAUACUUUAACAUCUUGAA